UGUAAAAAAAAAAAAAAGUAAAGUAAAAACCGUUUGGCGGAUUUUCCAAGAGGAACUUCGUGCUGGCUUGGUGCAGUUCUUAAAGCGGCCGCUAGAGGAAGCACAGCCGAGAGUCACUCGAAAGUCUUCUUGAUGGAGAACACAGCCGUUUACCACCUAAUCAUAACUCACGGGAAUGAGACGUUUCCUCUAGAAAUCAUAUCCUUCAAGAAAUGGUUGCAAACUGAGCCUGAACUUUUGCAAACCCUCCGGCAGUCACAGUUGGUCAUUUGAGGAAGUUUCACAUACGUUUCAGAAUGGCUGACGAAAACACUGAAACACAAGCGCCUAGCACACUCAACCAAGUUCAGGAUCAAGUCAAUGAUGUUAAAGUCAUCCUCACAGACAACAUCAACAAAGUCCUGGAGAGAGGAGAGCGGUUAGACGACCUGAUCGGCAUAACGGACGAUCUGCAGGCCACGGCUGACUCGUUUCAAAGGACGUCCACUCGUGUUGCCAGAAAGAUGUGGUGGAGAAACACCAAGAUGAUGAUUAUAAUUGGUGUGGUAGUGCUCGCCAUCAUCAUUUUAAUCAUCCUGUUAGCAACACAAGUCAUUCCCACCUAAGACAUCCAUUUCAAUCGUCUGUAUUCUCUAAGAAUUAAUGACAUUUUUUACUAUGAAUGUAACUGGAUACAUUUAUGUAUAGCUAAAUUACUAUUUUUGUUAUAUUGACAUUUCCUGUGAUAUUCUAUAUAAAUCUGGGGCAAAUAUGACCGGGGUGUGUAUAUAUGCAGGUAGCACUUUACAAUAAGGCUCCAUUAGUUCAUGUAUUAACUAACAUGCACAAACAAUGA